UUAAAGUUCCACGUUACAAACAGUCUAAACCCACAAAUGCCCUUUGGUGACGGGUCAGAGAAGCUAUUCGGAAUAGAGAACUUUGGAUACAUCUGCUAUGUUUCCUCUAUUUUCCAGUGCCUUUACCACACGCCACAAUUUCGGAAAGCAAUCUUGGAAUAUCCACCAAGGGUUAGUCCAAUUGAAAGGAGAAGAAAGUUUACUGUCCCAGGUAAAGAGGUGGGCAAAGUUCCGCAUGCUUUAACACCGCAACCGAAUUCCAUGAAUCAGCAGAAUUAUACGAACAGAGCAGGCUCCAGUUCACCGGUGAUACCUGCAACACCAAACUCACAGGGCUCCUCUGCUAAUUUGUCGUCCACUUCAAAUUUCACUGUUUCAGAUACUCACAAGGAUACGCAACUAGAAAAAGCGUUGACGGAAAAGUAUCCUGCAUUGAAGGACAUUGAAACCAACUAUUUUCUCAACAGCCAGAAAAAUUUGACGCUUGUUGGAGUUAUCGACGAACCAUCUGCAUCAUUGGAAUGGAGAAAAAAGGCGUCAUUGAUCAGAGGCCCAAUCAUCAACCUAGACGAGCCAUUUCUGAAAGAAUAUGGCAUGAAAGAGGAAAACAUGUUCACAGUGAUCAAGGACGCUUUCGAGUGUAUAACAGAGAAUGCGUCGAAAACAGGGGUUCUAUCGCCAUAUAACUUGAUUGAUGUCAUCAAGAGGGAAAAUAUACUUUUCAGAAACGCACAGCAUCAGGAUGCCCACGAGUUUUUGAAUUUUUUAAUCAAUAACGUUCUUGAAAGUAUGAAACAGUACAACAAGGAAUCGAUCAUCACCGAUAUUUUCGAAGGAGAAUUAACCUCUGAGACAAAAUGUCUAACUUGCGACAACUCAUCAUACAGGAAUGAGAAAUUCUUAGACUUAUCAAUUGACUUAGAGCCGGACUCCUCAAUUACUAAUUGCUUAAAAAUGUUUUCCAAAAUAGAAAUGCUAAACGAAAAUAAUAAAUUUUACUGUGAAAAUUGCUACUCAUACCAGGAAGCUGCUAAAUCGAUCAAAUUGAGAAAAAUACCAAAGAUUCUAGCAUUCCACUUGAAAAGGUUCAAAUAUUCAGAGAAGUUGGAUAGAUUGGUCAAGCUUUUCUACCGUGUCGAAUAUGUGAAAACCUUAAGGAUUUGUAAUACUACCAAGGAUUCAGAACAGCCUGAUAAAUUAUACGAAUUAUAUGGAGUGGUGGUUCAUAUUGGAGGUGGCCCCUACCACGGUCAUUACGUAUCUCUAGUGAAAACAGAGCUUUACGGCUGGCUGUUGUUUGACGAUGAGACUAUCGAAAAGAUUGACGAGGAUUAUGUCUUUAAAUUUUUCGGUGAUGGAUGCGGCUUGGCUACUGCGUAUUUGCUAUUUUACAGGGAAGUUGACGACGAAAAGAAGUUUUUUGAGGACCAGUUGUACAAUGGACUCGAUAGCGAAUGCGACGAUGCUGAUCAUAACUCUGCACAUACUGCAGAUCGAGGCUAUUCCUUAUCAGAAAGAAACAAUGAUAGCAGCAACAGCAACAGCGACGAACAUAAAGGCAUGGACUCUCCUACUGACGAUGCGAACGCACAGCUUGCAGGGUUGCACGAGCACUGGAGGAGCCGGACCUUUCACUGGUUAAUCUCUUUGUUCUUUCUUGUGGUCUUCCCCUCUAUUUCUGCUGCGUUUGCGGUUGCAAACCGACAUACCACGUCGUUGCUCACACAGAUUAUCUGUGCUAUCUAUGCUGCGAUCGAGGCGGUCAUUCUGCGGUUCCCGGACCCGUCGGGACACGAAAACAGUGUUUCAAGAGGCACGGCAUGGUUCUUGGCCUUUUUCUACUGCUUGACGAUCUUCAACGGGUCUGUUGCUUACGGGUCGUUAGAGUUUGAGCGGACAUUGCAGGAGUCCAAACUGAGAUUCCUGCUACUGCCCUUCUCGAUCUUGACGUACAAGCUCAUUUUCAUACUCUACGGGUUCAUUCUCUCGAUGGUGUUGGUGGUUCCGUGGUUGAGGGUGAACAAGGGACCAUAUUCGCAAGAGUUGUACGAUUCGACCGUGAUUGCCAUCUGGGGUGUUAUCAACACGUUCACGGAACAUCGCCCAUGGGAGCCAUGGUCCCACGGCGACUACCAGCACACGUCGAUGGGCAUCAUCUUCUGGUGUGCCGGGCUUCUCGGGAUGUUUUUGUCGUUGGGCAGGAGGAGGAACUUUGUGCCUGCCUUGACGUUGAUUUUCACCGGUUACGCCAUGGCGGAACAUGUCCAGCACAUGAUCAUUUCCACCAAGGUGCAUGGGUUUUUCGGCUACGUCUUGAUGCUAGGAGGGUUGGCGAGAAUCAUGGAGAUCUCGUUCCUCCUCGACGACGACGAUGCGGCCAAGGACGGCAAGAUCAGAAGCUUCCAGUACUUGUCACCUUUUGCGUUGGUGCUUUCCGGCAUCUUGUUCAUGAGCGCCAACGAGGAGCAGUUGGUGCUUGUGGUGAACAUGGGUGCGGACCACUCGUCGUACAUCUUG